AUGGCUGAACAGGAUUUUCCGAUGAUGAUCAAUUACAAAACGCUUGUGAAAAAUUACAUUAUGGCGAUGUUGAUAUUGCCUACUCGCGAUUUUCAAUUUUUCUGCGCUGCCGUAAUCGCCUUCAACCGAUACACAGCGCUCUAUUGGCACUUUGCCAAGGUAGAAGCGUUCUGGAAUCGUGCCACUCUGCCAUUUAUAAUCAGCGGUUUGACAAUAUCGAUAGCCAUGGCUCUGACACAGGCGGUUCCGGAGAAUUUCUAUCUACGGUGGGGUAUAAAGCUUGGAAUCUGGACCCUCAUUUACCUUCUCAUCCUCACCGGAAUCAGCUUUAUCUUCAACCUGCUCGUCCUCAUAAAACUUGUCCUGAUCAAGAACCGAGGCGGCGCCGAAAGCGGCAAAUUGCUGUCCCAGGCGGAAAAGAAGCUCUGCUUCGUUAGUCUGUACUCGUUUACAUUCGUGCUAACCUUUAUAUUUGCGCAGAUUAUGAACUUGGUGCUGGAUGAGGCGGAUUCAUUCAAGGAUUUUACGCAUGAGUCUCUGAUAGCCUGCGCAUCCGUUUGCAAGGGGUUUUGCGAAAAAUCA